AAGGAAAUGGCCUCAUUACUUUGUAAUAGGAUGUUCUCAUCAGUGGCCUCUCGUGGCCUCAUGAGUGGCGGCAACAGAUGCAGUCCAUUGAUGAUGACCACUCAGCAGCAGUUUGGAAGCACAACAACACCAAUGUUUGGAAACAUUGCAUCAUGUCUCACAGGCGCAAUCAGACCAUACUCAACCAAUGACAUUCAAAAGAUGAGGAACAUUGGUAUCAGCGCGCACAUUGACUCGGGCAAGACUACGCUGACCGAACGCAUCCUCUACUACACUGGUCGUAUCAAGGAGAUCCACGACGUCAAGGGCAAGGACGGCAUCGGCGCCAAGAUGGACUCGAUGGAGCUGGAGCGCGAGAAGGGCAUCACCAUUCAGUCGGCCGCCACCUACUGCAAGUGGGGCGACACACACAUCAACAUCAUCGAUACGCCAGGUCACGUCGACUUCACCAUCGAGGUGGAGCGCGCGCUGCGUGUGCUCGACGGCGCCGUGCUGGUCAUGUGCGGUGUGUCGGGUGUCCAGUCGCAGACAAUCACAGUCGAUCGCCAGAUGCGUCGUUACAACGUGCCUCGCGUCACCUUCAUCAACAAGCUGGAUCGUGUGGGCGCCAACCCAUGGAACGUCAUUGACCAGCUGCGCAAGAAGCUCAACCUGAACGCGGCCGCCGUGCAGAUCCCCAUUGGAGGCGAGAUCAACUUGGAGGGAGUGUGCGACUUGCUCACGGGCAAGGCGUACCUGUUCUCGGGCGAGAAGGGCUCAAAGAUCACCGAGGUCGAGAUCCCCGCGUCCAUCGUCGAGCUGUUCAACGAGAAGAAGAUCGAGCUCGUCGAGACCGUGGCCAACCAGGACGACCAGCUGGCCGAGUGGAUCAUCGAGAACGACUUCCCCAACAACAUGCCCGACGCCACCGUGCUCGGCGACGCCAUCCGUCGCUGCACGAUCAACCGCACAUUCGUGCCCGUGUUCAUGGGCUCGGCCUUCAAGAACAUUGGUGUGCAGAAGCUGCUGGACGGUGUGAUCAACUUCCUGCCCAACCCCAGCCAGAAGAAGAACAUCGCACUCGACCUCUCCAACAAUGAGGCCGAGGUCGAGGUCGUGCCCGACAGCAAGAAGCCAUUCGUCGGACUGGCCUUCAAGCUGGAGGAGGGUCGUUUCGGCCAGCUGACCUACAUGCGUGUCUACCAGGGUGCUCUGAAGCGCGGUGACAUGAUCAAGAAUGUAAACUUAAACAAGGUGAUCAAGGUGCCACGUCUCGUCAGAAUGCACGCCAACGAGAUGGAGGAGGUCCAAGAGGUUGGUGCCGGUGAGAUCUGUGCCAUGUUUGGUGUUGACUGUUACUCUGGUAACUCAUUCACUCAUCCAAACCUCAACUAUACUUGUACAUCAAUGCACGUUCCAGCACCAGUCAUGUCGUUGAGUAUUGCACCAAAGGGCAAGGAUGGAUUGAACAACUUUACAAAGGCUUUGAACAAGUUCCAGAAGGAGGACCCAACAUUCAGAGUGCACACCGAUCAGGAGAGUGGCCAGAUGGUCAUCUCUGGUAUGGGUGAGCUUCAUCUGGACAUCUACGUCGAGAGAAUGAAGAGAGAGUACAACGUGGAGUGCAUUGUCGGCAAGCCCUUGGUGGCCUACCGCGAGACCAUCCAGACGCGUGGCGACUACACAUACACACACAGGAAGCAGUCUGGAGGUCAGGGCCAGUACGCCAAGAUGAUUGGCUACAUCGAGCCCACCGGCCCAGAGGACCCCAACAUGGAGUUUGUCAACGACGUCAUUGGUACCGCCAUCACACCCAACUUUAUCGAAGCCAUCAGGAAGGGAGUCAACGAGGCCGCCGUCAACGGUCCGCUGAUCGGCCAUCCAAUCACUGGCGUGCGUUUCGUCGUCACGGACGGUGCCACCCAUCCCGUCGAUUCCUCAGAGCUGGCGUUCAGAAUCUGCGCUGUCAACUCGUUCAAGGAGGGCUUCAAGGUGGCCGAGCCAAUGAUCCUCGAGCCCAUCAUGAAGGUCGAGGUGCUCACACCAAUCGAGUUCCAGGGCACAGUUAUUGGAGGCAUCAACCGUCGCAAGGGUGCCAUCUUCAACACUGGCGCACAGGGCGAGAACAUCACAAUCGAGUGCGAGGUGCCACUGAACAACAUGUUUGGCUACUCGACCGAGCUGCGUUCAUGCACACAGGGCAAGGGUGAGUUCACAAUGGAGUAUGCCAAGCACAGUCCAGUCACCAGAGAGCAGUUCAACACUCUCUGUGAAGAGUACCAGAAGAAGAGAGCCGAAGAGAGGAAGUAA